AUGGCCAGUUCACAGACGACCACAGAGCCUCCGUCCCGCGCGGAGAGCGAGCACAAAAUCGACGUCAAUGCCGUGGUCGCCCAAAGCAAACCAGAAACCGACUCAGCAGUGGAAAAAGGCCCAGAGCCAUUUGAGUUCGAGGUACCAGACGGUGGCUUUGAAGCCUGGAUGACCGUUGCCGGUGCUUGGCUAACUCUCUUCUCAACAUUCGGUUUCGCAUUCACAUUCGGCGUAUACGAAGACUACUACGUUCGCUUCUAUCUCAGAAACCACACUCCAAGCAGUAUAGCAUGGAUUGGCAGCUUCCAGCUUAUGAUGCCGUUCUUUUGUGGACCAGUAGCGGGGAAGAUAUUUGACGAUGGUGGUUUUCAUGCGUUGGAAAUUACAGGAGGAGUCAUAUUCACUCUUUCAUCCUUCCUCCUAUCGCUCGCGAAACCGAACCAGUAUUACCAGAUCUUCUUGGCACAAGGAGUGGGCAUGGGCCUUGGAGUCGGAUUGAUCUUCCUACCGAGUCUCAGCAUUGUGGUGCACCACUUCAAGAAACAUCGUGGUCUGGCGUCUGGCGUCAUCAUGAGUGGAACCUCCGUUGGCGCGACACUGUUCCCAAUUAUGCUCAACCAUCUCCUCCCGAAGGUUGGUUUUGCUCGUGCUGUCCGAUACUCGUCCGCUAUCAUCCCGCCAUGUCUCGUCGUGGGUAACCUCAUGAUGAAAACUCGGCUUCCGCCCAAAAGUAAACGUCCACCGCAGCCCCCACUCGAUAUCAAGUCGUUUUUCACGGACCCGCCAUACAUGACUGGUGUCCUUGCUAUGCUGCUCGGUCUUCUCGGCCUGUUCUUCCCAGCAAUCUACAUCCAAUUGUUCGGUGUCACCCACAACGUUGACCCAACACUAUCCUUCUACUCGAUCUCCGUCCUUAACGCUGCUGGUGCCGUUGUUCGUGUGGUUGGCAACCAUUGGGCAGAUGUAUACGGUCCAUUCAACGCUAUGAUCUUAUGUUCUACGUUCUCUGGUGCCCUGAUCUGGGCGGUGCUUGGAAUAAACAACGGCGCAUCGCUCAUGGUAGUUAGCAUCCUUUACGGUGGAUGCUCAAGUGCUUGGCUUGCCUUGACGUUCCCUUCCUUUGCAUCGCUCGCUAAAGGACCUGAGGAAGUCGGAGCUCGUCUGGGUGUUGCCCUCUUCCUCACCAGCUUCGCUGUCCUCGGCUCUGCACCAAUCCAAGGGUCCCUCUUGACCGACUUCUUCCGCUGGAUACACCCCGUGGCGUUCUCUGCAAGCACGGUGUUCGCCUGCGCGCUCUGCUUCCUCGUAACGCGCACGCUGUUUUUACGCACACGGAAAAUCGAAGGCUGGCGCGCAUGA